UUCCACGACGCGUUAGCACCACCGCCAAAAAUAGAUGAAAAGGCAGAUGUUCGCGCUAACAACUUUUAAAAACAAAAUUAAACACACAAAUUAACGAGUGAUUGCAAUUAUGAAGAUGAACUAAGAUCAAAAAAAGUCGCGCGCUCGAUUGGAUAAAGGCAGAAGGUGGGAUUGCGUGCGACUCGACCACAUUAAAUGCGCGCACAACUCUUCACCAUCUACGCGCGUUUUUCGCUUGGUCAGUUUUAGUGCAUUGAAGUGCAGAGUUUUUCCACACACCUGGGGAAAAGUGCCACAUUUCCAAAAGUUAAAGAAUGGCAGCCAGCAACUCUUUGAGGCACAAAAUAAAUAAUAGUUAUGAAUCGGAACCGUCUACAGGAAGCGGGUCUUCGCUCAGUGAAAACAAUGAGGGACACAUAUCUGACGACGAGCAUAUGAAUCUGCCAUAUCUAAUGAAACUAAAAUCACUGAGAAAUGAGCCCGUCCUUCCCUAUCCAGCGACAUCGGGGGAGACACCCGGCAGCAACAAAAUCGGCAGCCAAGAUUCGCAGUUCCGUAGCUUUAGUGACAGCCCCUACGGUCAGGUCAAUAAGCGUUUGUAUGGCUCCCAAGUGCAGGAGCUAAAGCUGCCAGAAAUAAAGGCCUCUGCAGUGCGAAAGCCCUCCCCGGGCAGAAUUGCCUUUCCCCAAUUCUACGACACCCUAAUGGAGGAGAAUAGCUGCAAUGCUGUGGACAUGGCUGUGUCAGUCACGGAAACAGCAACCACAACUACAGACGGCAGCUGCCUCAGUUUCGAUGGCAAAAUCAAAAGUCUGACUGAGAGACCUGCGGAAGAGGAGCGGCCAGGUCCCUCCACUGCCGACCCAGGACUGCCCACUGUGCUGGAAACCUCUCUGAAUACCUCACAACACAAAUACAACAACGAACGCUCGCCAGAUCUCUUUGCGGACAGCGAUGAUGAUGCGGAAAACGCUGAUCAAGUGCCCCACAAAGCCAUCCCCGUAAGAAUUCUCGAAGAUCUGCCCGAAGUGCUGGAGGAGUCGCAAUGUGUAAGCGAUGUGCGUGCCCGCCGCUCGCUCACUGCCCCAACAGAGUCGAGUUUUGUGGACGAACAGACGCAGGAUGCCUCGACCCUGCCACUCAACGAUCAGCGCUCUCAUUUCCUGGAAAAUUGCCGACGCGAACGGGAACUUUAUCGCAGGAUACGACGCUGUCUGCAGGGCGUACGUCCGCCGCCGACUGUGACCACGCCCGAUGUGGAUGUGAUCACCACGGUGCUGGGAAUGAAGGAGCAGGUGCUGAAUUUUCUCUCUCAAGAACCGUCUACCUCAGUGGCCAGCAUUGCGGAGAGCGACAUCAGCAACAAUUCCUGCUCGUUGUUCAGGCCCACGCACAGCCUGUCCGAUGCACAAAACAUGGGCUGGCGCGAGGUGCUGGGCGUGCGACAGCAUGGACUGAGCUACAAUCUUAAUAAGGCUGCCGAACAAAAUGAAUACCUCAGUAUGUCCGUCGUGGAUCGCUAUGUGGGCGUGGAGACAGCCACGUCAUAUGUACGCUCCCCAUCAAGCGCCAAAAAGCGCAACAUGCGCAUGAAAAUGCUCACACAAUCGCCUGGCAAUCGCCUCAGUCAUUUGGCCAAGCGACGCGCCAUAUUUUCAUCUGCAAAUUUGGCCACAAACUCCCUCAAGCUGAACAGCUCAAUAGGACCACAAAUAUUGCUGGAUACAAAAAAAGUGCGCAACAAGCGAAAGGCCACACCCAAAAGGAAAACGCCCGGCAGCAAGAAGAAAGCGCGAAAAACCCCAAGUUCAUCGGCGCGCAAACGACUCUGUCGCACGGAUCUCAUCAAGCCCGGGCCCUCGAGGGAAACCUCCAAGCGCGCACUUUUCCAGAGUCCAGCCAAGACGCUGCAGCAGCAACAACAAUUGAUGCCACCCAAGCCGCUGUUUAAGCCGGAGAUUGCGAAUCGUGUGGAGAAAUCAAAGCGUGCGCUCUUCUCGCCGGAUCAUCAGGGCGCCAGCAGCUGCAGCAAUCAUCUGGAGACGCUGCUCAAGCGGAAGCGCACUGCCUGCGACGAUGAGGAUGCGGAGCUGGCCAGCCAGAGCAGAAAACUGUUCCGUGCGGACAGCAACGGUGUCAGUGGCCUGACGCCGCGUGCCCUGAAGAUCAAGAGUCAGAGCUUUUGCAUUGGAGCUGGUUCCUCCACAGCAGCACAUCAGCAGCGGGUGCAGCAGCAGUCGACUGUGGUGUCUGCAACUGUCAGCAAUGCCCGCUUCGGUCUAGGACUGAGCGGCAGCAGCAGUAGCCUCACCGUCUGCACGUCCAUCGGCACGCCGCUGCUGAGCAAGCUGCAGCGGGCGCACUCCGAGAUGAGUGCCACGCCCAACAGCAGCAUGACGGAUAAUCAACGCAAGAAACUUCUGUGGGCCGUGUCGCAGGCAUUGCAGGAGCGAAAAAUCACGUCGAAACACGAGAGUUUCCGGCAGCUUGCGGCGGAUCUGACGCGCGUUGUGAAGCGUAUCUUUCAGGAGUUCUAUCUAGGACAGACGACCAGCAAUAGCGAGACACUGCUGCGAUUGGCCAAGAAGUUUGCCUACAGCGUCAUAGCAGGCAAGAAUGCCGAUGACGUUUACAUGCAUGCGCGGAGUCAGGAGAGCGAGGCCAAGCGGCUGUCAAGCACACGACUUUCGGGCUACAUUGGACCCGAGGAGUUUGCACAGCGGAAGCUGCUGCUCUCGCAGGCCACCAGCUGCUCCUCGCUGCAGUCGAUCAGCUUAUUUGGCAGCGAGAACUCGAUCGAUGCGUUUGGUGUGAGUCAGACCACGGCCUGCACAGACACCCAAACCAGUCUGAUGGAUCGCAUAUCCGAGGAUCUGUUCAGCAAGGAGCAACAGCUGCAGCAGCCCAUCAGACCCAAUCCAACAUUGCAGAACAGCUCCUCCAAGAGCAAUUUGGGCGGCCUAGCGCUGCGCGAGAACGUGGACGGUGAGCUGCGGCGUUCAGCGCAGAAGAACUUCACCGGCAAGGAUCAGCGAAACAUUAGCCCCUACUACGGUGGCAAUGGCUCGGCGCGGAAGUUCCAGGUGCCACCGCUGACCAGCCACAAUUCUGGCGUUAAGGCCAAGCGACAAAUUUCCUUUGACAGCUAAUGGCAGAAGCAGAUGGAUGGACGAUUUAUGGACAAUGCACGCUGAAUACUCACAAACGUUCUGUGUGCAUUAUUAUUAUUAUUUUUUUGGUUGUUUUAGCUUAAUUUAUUUAAUUGCAAGUGGCAGGCAGACAGACAACCAUUUGAUUGAAUUGUAAAAUUGAUCCCUUAAAACCCACAACCAGGGCACGCCCCAAACUCGUAAUUAGUUCAAAGUUCAACUAAGAUUAACGACACAUUUAUGGGGAUUUUUGCCUCACGAUCCAUGCAAUAUUUUUCCACUGAAGUUUAGGCAUAAAAUUUUAAUCAACUCCGUCGCCUCUCA